GUGGCAACUUUGGACACAUUCCCGAAUGAAACUAAAGGGCGCGCUUAACUGUCUGAGUAUAACUAAAUUAUGAAAAACCGUUAUAAAAUCUGCUAUAUUUGGACUCAAACCUCAACGAACUCCAUCUUUAUCGGUCAAAAAAAAAAUAUCCUACGCUCUUACAUUUAUAUAUUUCCUAGUCUUGCAAUCCUUUUUCACUUGUUUCUGUUUUGUAAGAAUAUAAACGAUAGCAAUCUUCUUGUACUAAUGUUUUCUCGGGAAUUUGUCAGAAAAUCCUCGCUUGUUUUCAUCAAUCGGGUCCUGAUCACCAAUCAGCACCUCUGCACACGCCAGUUCUUCAAUCAAUCACAAGGGUUCGCCUCAUCUUCAUCAUCUUCACUGAGGCCAUCCUUUAAUGGGUCUAGCUAUGGCCGUGACCAGAAGGGCGAGGAUGCCUUGUUGAAGUCGUUUUUUAGAUCAUUCUCUUCAGGGGCUUUCGUUGUUGGUUCUAGCCUGGGAUUUAGCUAUUGGUACUUUUCUCUAGUUGAUGAGCCUUCUUUUGUGUCUUUCGCUGAAGGCGCAACUGAGACUGUUUGGGAAUCUAAUGAAGAUCUCCUUCUACCCAAGAAGAAGCACAGAUUCCUCUUUGGAGAUGCAUACAGGAGAAGGAUUUUCUUUAAUUAUGAAAAGCGCAUGAGGAUGCAAAGUCACCCGGAAAAGGUUUUCAAGUAUUUUGCAUCUCUUCGAACCCCUGCUGGAGAUGUUCUUAUGACGCCAGGAGACUUGAUGCGAGCAGUGGUUCCAGUGUUUCCUUCGUCUGAAUCAAAUCGUGUUAGAGAGGGCUCUCUCAGAGGGGAGCGAGUCCCUGGAGAGUUACUAUGUGAGCCUUCAGAAUUUUUCAUGCUUUUUGAUACUAACAGUGAUGGACUCAUAUCUUUUCCAGAGUACAUAUUUUUUGUUACACUUCUCAGCAUUCCUGAAUCAAGCUUUUCUGUGGCAUUUAAAAUGUUUGAUCUCGACAAUAACGGAGAGAUUGACAGGGAGGAAUUUAAAAAAGUGAUGACUUUAAUGCGAUCUCAAAACAGGCAAGGGGCACGCCACAGGGAUGGACGGCGACUUGGUCCCAGAAUUGGAGAGCCUGUGGAGAAUGGUGGCCUGUUAGAAUACUUCUUUGGCAAAGAUGGAAAGAACUGUCUAAAACAUGGAAGAUUUGUCCAAUUUUUGAGGAACUUGCACCAUGAAAUUUUAAAGUUGGAAUUUGCCCAUUAUGACUUCAAAUCACGCGGAACUAUAUCAGCUAAGGAUUUUGCCUUGUCCAUGGUUGCAUCGGCUGACAUUAGCGACAUAAACAAGUUGCUGGACAGGGUUGAUGAACUAAACAAAGAGCCUCAUCUUCAAGACAAGCGAAUUACAUUUGAGGAGUUCAAAGAUUUUGCAGAGCUACGAAAACAGUUGCAACCUUUCUCUUUGGCCAUUUUCAGCUAUGGAAAAGUAAAUGGAAUGCUAACAAAAAAUGAUUUUCAGAGAGCUGCAUCCCAAGUAUGCGGCGUCUCCAUUACUGAUAAUUUGGUUGACAUAAUAUUCCAUGUGUUUGAUGCGGAUCGUGAUGGAAGUUUAAGCUCAGAUGAGUUUAUAAGUGUUCUGCAAAGAAGGGAAAAGGAGAUGUCGUUGCCUAGAGAGGCAGGUCUCAAGGGUUUGAUUUCUUGCUGCUCCAGUUGUGCCAAAACCUACUCUUCUGCAAAGCUUUAUCUCUAAUUUAUUAGCUGAUACAUGGUAACCCUGGAAGUUUGAAGCUCUAAUAUAUAUUAUUAUGUUACUCUUUUCGCGCUCAAAGGAUGGAAGAAGUGAUCAAUUUACUAUUGAGCAGCUGAAAGAAAAUGUAGAUUAUACAGUUUUCGAACCGUUUCAGAUUUUUGUCCCCAGCAGAUUGAGGAGAAGAUGAUAUUUCAUGGUCUUUUGCAUACGCUGCAGUUAAGUCCUGCUCUGUCAAUGACUUAAAAGUGUACAGUCAGUAUGGGGCCCUGAUACCAUGUGAUGUUUUCGGCAAAGACUACAUUCAUUGUAUUUACUAAGCAAUAUACAUACAAAGCUGCAUGAUACAUGCGGAACUAAGGGUUACCAUAGAUUAGGAUAUGGCACAAGUGAUAAGGACAUUCACACCAUAACAAACAACAACCACCCAAUCCUGAUAAGCCUUAUCCAGUUUGUGUUCAUAUAUGUACAUACAUUUUUUCAAAAUAGUUAUUUUUUUCUGCUACGUGCAUUAUACAUUAUUAUUUUUUUAUACAUAUUUAUAAUUUAAUUGUUUAUAUAUAAUUUUUUUA